GGGAACCUUCUGGACUGCUAGAGCACUGUCACGGCAUCUGCUUCGUUCUCAGCCCACUCUCCGCCAGCACUCCCAUUUCCACGCACACCAUACAACACACCCGCCACAAUGAGUACCGGAGCAAAGAAGCGCAUCAUGAAGGAAUAUGCCGAAUGUCAGGCAGAUACUCCAGCAGGCAUAAAGAUCAACUUUGAUGAGCAGAAUAUUACGAAAUGGGAAUGUGUUAUGGACGGUCCAGAACAGUCCAUCUACGCUGGCGGCCACUUCAAGCUCGAGAUCAACUUCCCCAACGAAUACCCGUUCAAGCCGCCGGUCGUCAGCUUUCGGACAAAGAUCUACCACCCGAACGUGACCAACGAUGACAAGGGCUCCAUGUGCCUCGGGUUGCUUCGUCCUGAGUCGUGGAAGCCGCCGAAUAAGGUAGUUGCUGUUUUGCGCCUGAUCCAGACGCUUUUGAUUGAGCCAAACGUGGACGAUGCGAUCGAGCCCUCCAUCGCCAACGAAUACCGCGAAAACCGCAAGGAAUUUGAGAAGAAUGCAAAGGACUGGGUCAAGCGUUAUGCGAAAUAGAGCGGAGGAAUACAGGGCGGCAUCUAUGAUUUCCACACGCUGUUGGUUUUGCAUGCUCAAGGCGUUUGGCGAAUGUUGCAUCAGGGCGGAGCUUUCUUCCCCACCUGACAUGAAGCGAUGUGUAUAUGGACAGGAGAGUAAAUCUAAGGCACUUGGUCGUUGUUCUUCA